UUGAUGAGCACCAUCCUUGUGUACCGAGUAUCGCAAUGACAUCACUGGAAAUUCUUAUAAACUGAGGUCUGUUGGUCAGGUAGUCUGACAUCCACAGAGAAGUUCUGACAUUAACAACCAUCCGAAUUAGUUUUUGAACAAGCAAAUGAAUUGAAUUUUGUUGAAAGUACUGGAGAUGUUAAAAAAACAAAAAAACAAAAAACAAAACAAAACCAAAAAACAAAACAACAACAACAACAACAACAACAACAACAAGAAACAAAAACAAAGACGAACGCAGGUGUUACGGUUCCCCAGCAAUGCUUAAAUUCUAGGUAAGACAUAUAAAACAGCAUCUUCUUCACUACGAUUAUUUCUAGUGACAAAGUGUAGAGGGUCUAAUGAGUCCCGAACCAGGACUAUUAAGCGUUUGAAUACAAGUUUUAAAAAAAUGUUUUCAUUACAGCAGAGGUUCAUGGUACCGGGCGUAAAUAAUUUCAUUCUAACACCCGGAUUUUCGUCGGCACUGGCACAAUGCAGGAAGGUAUCAUCUUCCUACUACACAACUGUACCAAAGCACGAAAUGUUAAAAACAAUUACUACUGCUGGCAACAAGCUAAAACAAACACCAGACAGGACAACAUCGAGGCUUUCUACCCCACCUGGUCUACAAAUAACCUGGUGACACAGUCACAAACACAUCAUCAGUCAUAUCCUUCUCCACCACAAAGCUAACAACAACUGACAGGGUGAGGACAACAGUGAUGUGCGUGCUGCAAACAGCUUUGAGACAGAAUUGAGGGCGACACAUGUAUGAGGAGCUUAAACUGGGAACACUGCGAGUAUCAAGAGCUGAGGGACAGUUGCUGUCGUCGCUGUCGUCGCACAACGUCGAUGUCGCUCACAACGGACUGCAGGCGGUGCAGGCGACUUCCGAAGGUGGCGAGGUCGUAACUCGUGGUGUCCUGUCAGGGACCUGACGACACUGAGAAAACUGCACACAGCAGCUUGGUGGAGGGCGGACUUUGCACGUCUGCUUCGCCUCCAAUACUUUCUCCAACAAAACCUGUCGUGAUCUUUUUCGCUACUUACAUGGUGUACCAUCUCCAACUGCGACGGUUGCCAAGCUUGAUGACCAGGUGCAGACUGCAUGUGACUGGAAUGACGACUGCGAGGUCUGAUAGCUUUACACCUGUUCUCUCACACCUGUCCCUACACCUGUACAGCAGGUAGGUCUGUCAGACGGUGACGCAUCUCUCCUGCGUGCUUUGACCCUCAGAGCUACAGUCGACAUCUGAAGGCAGCAGCACACUGUCUCGUCACCCACUCGCCAUGACAAAUCUCGUGGACACUGGAGCAAAGCCCUGUCGCAGUAUAUGUCUGCGUGCGUGUACGUGCGUGCUUGCAUGUUUCAGCUGUCGGCAUGUCAUCAAGAAGUUGUCUCGGCCAUACUUCACACCCAUCUUUGUGCUCUCUGGGUUGUCAGUCCUGAUGCUGCUACACUUUCAUCGAGACAAGUCUGCCUCCACAGAUAUCUCUCACAGUACCCCUCAUCCACCCGUUUUCAUCACGCGCGCACAAAUGUUUGGAGUUCUACAGGGCCAAAUCGGUUACACUCGCUCCUCUCGUCUUCACUUCGACUUUCCUGCUAACGGACAGGACGUACAAAUGGUUCAAACGGCAAACAAUGUAAAAUCUAAGUCAAGAGACUUCAGUUUCAGCUAUGUGAAUAAAUCGAAGGAAAUUCCAGUGACAGACGCGUCACCAAUACACUUGGAAAUUCAACACAAUACUUCUUUAUCCAAUGUUAUUCGAUCUUUGCAGCUUAUCGAUGAUGAGGAUUAUCUGCGAGACAACUCGUCCUUCUUUCGGCUUCGGCCACAUGUUGUCAACAGCUUCGUCCCAGAACUUCUCAUCCAGGCUUCUCCGUUGUGUCCUGAGGAUGUUCCGUGUCUGUUGUUCGCUGUGCCCUCCGUACCAGAGCACUCAGAACAAAGGGAGGCUAUCCGCAAUACAUGGGGGAGCCUGGCUCGUGGAGGGUCGUGGCCACGGAGGUCAGGUCCAUCUUACGAGAUGAAGGUCGUAUUCUUCCUCGGUGUUCGUUCAGAAGCAAACAUGACAGAGCUGAAAGCAGAAUCUGAGCUCUAUGGAGACAUCGUCAUGGGCGACUUCGUAGACAGUUAUCGCAACCUGUCAGUCAAAAUAGGCUUCGCCCUGCAUUGGAGUGUAACAUAUUGCAAGAACGCACAAACCUUUAUUAAAGUAGACGAGGAUACUUUCGUUAAUGUGCCUUUACUUUCAGAUGUGUUGAAUAAUGUAUCCAAACAACAUGAGCGCUAUGUACUUGGCUACAGACAUGCGUACUCGAAGCCUUAUGUAGUGCGGCAAGGUCAGUGGAAGGUAGAGGAGGAUGCUUACCCACUUCAGUUCUUUCCCGCUUACAUGUAUGGGCAUUCCUAUGCUAUUUCACACAGGGCUAUCUCGGACCUAGUCACCGCCUACCAGCACAUGCCACUGGUUCGGGUGGAAGACGCUUUCUUUACUGGGAUCCUGACCAAGACAAUGGGCAUUCCUAGAAUUCACUGUCCUUAUUUUGCAUCAUUGAUGGAAACUAGAUGGUGUCAGUUAAUUGAAGAUACGUAUGUAAGUCAAACAAGGUUUCGAGAUUCAUCAGAUCUCCACAAAGUUUGGUCAGCCCUUCUGACAGGUAAAUGCAAGUAGAUCGGCGGACAGUCAACUCUGCAAGUUCACUUAGGUAAACUAUCGCAAUAAAACAUCUCAUUGAAAUACUCUCCUAAGCGUGCCCCAGGCUUUAUAGUGAAUACUUUGGUGUCUAAAGAAAUAUAAGUGAAAUGAUUUAAUAAUAUGAUAGAAGGAAAAAAAAAACACUGAAUCUUUACACUCAAGAUGAAAAAAGUAGCCUUUUUGGAGCUUUUAUGAUGGAACGAGAAGCCUUCUUCAGCAGCUAAAAGCUAAGUGACUGAUGAUAUCAGUGCACACGAUUUUUAGACGAAUAAAUUAAUAAGAAUUAUUCAACAAUAAUCUUAGUAAUAAAAAAUACUAUAGACCCGAUACAGUGGUUGUUACAAUGUUUCUCCGAUUUCUAGUCAAACGAGAAACAUUGGCGCCAAGAAGCUGGCACUUGGGCGACUCAAUGGUGUAGGGGAGGCUAUCCAUGCUUACCGUACUUCCAAUAUGACAGUGUUGUUAUCUCCCAUUAGAACCAAUUAUUCACUCAAGUCGCAUUAGCUGUCGAAGAUGUCACCGCGGCUCUCUUACUGUAAAAUAUUUAUGUCUCACUCUCUCCACGCUUGUGAUGAGAUGAGAAUAAACAUUUUGACAACUUCUUGUUCACAUGAGUACUAGUUUCUUCGACGAUUGUUCACCUGAGUACACUGUCAUGCAACACACACACAUUCUACAUUUUACACGGGGCGCAAGCUCUGGUCACGAGGUUCUCUUGUGUGGAUGCUUUCUAACACGAGUGUCCUGAGUGUCUUCUUCCUCUUGGCUUCAGUCUUGGUCUUGCUGAAAAUAAUAAAAGUAAGAAUUAAAAAAGAGAAUUUAUU